AUGAAGGUUUCCUGCACUCAGUGGAUUGCGAUACUCCUAAUGAACCCAUCAUCACGCUUUCUAAAGAUUGUAGUCUGGUCAUUUGGUACUGAGGACAGGCCUUGUGAGCGCCCAGUAGCUCCCAGAAAUGAAGAAUAUAAUCAAGUCGUUUUUCGUGGCCGGGAUUUGGAAGACGUGCGCCUCGUGCAGUCAUCUGUGUUUCUGAAUGAAGAUUCUGCUAUUGUUAGCGCGGCGCCUGGGACAAGUAUUUCCAACAUACCAGGCUCGGCUUCUGCUGAUAAGCGUGAAGAUAAUAGAACUCUCGAUCUUGGACCGAACGUCAAUAACGAGGGUUCCACCACCGGUUCUUCACAGCAUCUGUCAUUAAGUGGUCUCGGUCAUAGUUCUGCUAGACCUGCGAUGUCGGCGUUCCAAUUACCCGCUGUAGGCUCUCGUCCUGGGCCCAUAGGAACCCAGCAAGCGGAUCCACCCCAUCACCCGGAUUCGAGAGGUCCCCGACCUUUCGGUGAUGGCCGUAGUGAGGGUGACACGGGAAUCUUGGCAACUAUGAAAAAAUUGGAGUCUUCUGGGAGAACAUUCACUGGUGGCUCGAUCGAUGACCCAGGUACGGAAAGGACAGUGCUUGGAUCUAGUCCUCGCACUGACAGUUCACGUGGAUGGUCGCAGCGUGAUCCUCACGCUCGUGGAGCUCCUGGAUUUCAUCGUGGUGCGUUGAUAUCACACCCGGUUGGAGGUUUCUCUCCUGUCUCUGAUAACUUUCAACGCAAACGAGGUGGCCCUCCGAAUCAGUGGCCGAACGCUCAGAGGGGACUUAGGUUUUCUCAACCUGGUUACCUUCGUAGGGGCUCUCGUGCCGGAGGAACUUUUGGAUGGUCACGUCCGCAUUCGGGCAUCCCGCCUACAGCUGCCGAGCAAGCCAAUUUUUCUGGUGAGUACGACUAUGAAAAAGCUAAUGCCGAACUUGCCGCUGAGCUGGAGAAGAUUAAUAUUUCCGUACCAAAAUCUUCGUCAUCUGUGGAUGGUGAUGCUAGUAAAAGCGAUGAAGUCGGAGGUUCUGUCGCCAGCGAAGAUGGUCCUUGUUACGACAAGACGAAGUCUUUCUUCGAUACGCUAAGUUCCGAAAUGAUGGACAAAGCGAAUGGCGUCAAUCCCCAAGGGCUAAACCGGCGCGACGAACGCCUUCUCAACUCAGCAACUUUCGGAACAGUGCCACCUCAAUUUGUCAGACGGGGAGGUUAUCAUGCACCACGAGCGACCAGUGGAUAUGGUGGCUACUCGUACGGUCAGCGCAGGACUAAUGGUGGUGGUGGUACUCCAUACCAUGUGGGUCUUCCUAGUACAAUGUGGUGUGUGGACAUAUAUAUCGGUCGGGCGGCUGAUCUCCCAGUCCGUUUCGUUGCUUCUCUAUUUCCGUCUGCUCCUUUACCCCUCUUGAACCUUCCUGCGUCCUAG